AUGGAAAUUGAAAAUGUUGCCGAUUUUGGUCAUUGCAGCCUUGCUAUUGCUCCAGUCUCUCUUGAUUACACUUCAGGUCUAACCAACUUGGUCCAGGUAUACACCACCGGACCUAUUUUCACUGACGAUGCAACACUAACUGAGGCUCGUCGUCGUCUUUUCUCCUCUCGCUGUCGUCUUGCCCAUCUCCUCGCUUGUAGAGCUCGUUUCGCCUGCCUGUUCCACCUUCUUUCUCCUGACUCAUCUUCCCAUUCUAGUUCUCUUCAGCAUCGUCUCUCGGAGGCCGGCUUCUCCACAGACUCUCCCUCUAACUUCUGCCGACAAGUUCAUGUUACUGCACCACCUACUCCCCCGUCUGUGCUUCUUGAAUGGCCUCCUGUCAGUUCUGAAGUCAUCAAUCUUGAAAACAUCCCAGCUUCAGAUCUGGAAGUGAUUAAUCCCCUUCUAGCCAGUGACAUGUCGAGAUUUAGCUGGAUGGCGCAUGCAGACAGUUUGUUUGGUGCUUCGGGCUCUAUUGGUGGAGCUUCUUCUUCCUUGGCAGAUGAGCUUGAGAUGGAAGAGGAGGAAGAGAUGGAAGAAUCAAAACCAGUAGUGGUAGAUGCGGUCGAAUUCCCGAAACCACCUUCAGCAGUACCUAAUGGCAGUGCGUUAAGGACUGAAAGCGGAACAAAGAAAUCUCCUGUUAAAUCAACGAUUGAGCGUUUCCCCGUAAGAUCAGCUGGCAUUGCACCACGUAGAAAUCCCGCAGCGCCCUCCUCUACGGCGACGUCGAAAUCAACCUCCACAUUUGCGGCUUCAAAGAAUGCAACAGCCACAAAGCCUCACACCUCAGCCAAAAUUCGCUCACCUCCUAAAUCUACGACUCAUCCUACUCGACCGCCACCACUAGCAACUGCAACGAAGGCAUCAAUCGCUAGGCAACCCGUUGCUAGUGCUACUCGACAGCUGGACCGCAAGUCCCCUUCUUCCAAAACGACAAAAGCAGCACCUAAAGCUGCCACUUCCAGCCUAAAGCCGAAAUCGUCGUUGAUUUCUUCGUCAAAGUCUCCACACAAACCACCAUCAACAGCCACUGUUUCUGCAUUUUCACCUGCGUUGAAUCGUACUUAUGCAUUUAUGGACGAUGAUGAUGCUGAUGCUGACGAUGAUGUCGAA